UGCGUCCUAGAAUCCAAGAUGGCGGUGUCCAGGCGGAGGGGUCCCCAGGCUGGAGCGCGGUCGUUCUUCUGCGCCCUGCUGCUGUCUUUCAGCCAAUUCAUCGGGAGCGACGGCACGGGAGGCGACGCCACGGCUCCCGGCGCCGCGGGCACCCAGGCCGAGUUGCCACACCGCCGUUUCGAGUACAAAUACAGCUUUAAGGGGCCGCAUCUGGUGCAGAGCGAUGGGACCGUGCCCUUUUGGGCCCACGCGGGGAAUGCUAUUCCAAGUGCGGAUCAGAUCCGAAUAGCACCGUCAUUAAAAAGCCAGAGAGGUUCCGUGUGGACCAAAGCAAAAGCAGCCUUCGAGAACUGGGAAGUGGAAGUGACGUUCCGAGUGACCGGAAGAGGUCGAAUUGGAGCCGAUGGCUUAGCAAUUUGGUAUACAGAAAAUCAAGGCUUGGACGGCCCUGUGUUUGGAUCAGCUGAUACGUGGAAUGGCGUUGGGAUAUUCUUUGAUUCUUUUGACAAUGAUGGAAAGAAAAAUAAUCCUGCUAUAGUAGUUAUAGGCAACAAUGGACAAAUCAAUUAUGACCAUCAAAAUGAUGGUGCCACUCAAGCUUUAGCGAGUUGUCAGAGGGACUUUCGUAAUAAACCCUAUCCUGUUCGGGCAAAGAUUACCUAUUACCAGAAAACACUGACAGUCAUGAUCAAUAAUGGCUUUACACCAGAUAAAAAUGAUUAUGAAUUCUGUGCCAAAGUGGAAAAUAUGGUUAUCCCCACACAAGGGCAUUUUGGGAUAUCUGCUGCAACAGGAGGACUUGCAGAUGACCACGACGUUCUUUCUUUCCUGACUUUCCAACUAACUGAGCCUGGAAAAGAGCCACCUACAGCAGAAAAAGACAUUUCAGAAAAAGAAAAGGAAAAGUAUCAAGAGGAGUUUGAGCACUUCCAGCAAGAAUUAGACAAGAAGAAGGAGGAAUUCCAGAAGGGCCACCCUGACCUCCAGGGGCAGCCAGCGGAUGACAUCUUCGAGACCAUAGGUGAUCGGGAGCUGAGACAAGUAUUUGAAGGACAGAAUCGUAUUCAUCUGGAGAUCAAGCAGCUUAACCGGCAGCUGGAUAUGAUUCUUGAUGAACAGAGGAGAUACGUCUCUUCCCUGACAGAGGAGAUUUCCAGGAGAGGAGCAGGGACCCCAGGACAGCCUGGGCAGGUCUCUCAACAGGAACUGGAUACCGUCGUGAAGAGCCAGCAGGAGAUUCUGAGACAAGUGACUGAGGUGAAGAACUCCAUGAGUGAGACUGUGCGGCUGGUGAGUGGCAUCCAGCACCCGGGCUCUGCCGGUGUCUACGAGACAACUCAGCACUUCAUGGACAUCAAGGAGCACCUGCACGUUGUGAAGAGAGAUAUCGACAGCCUCGCACAGCGUAGCAUGCCAUCUAAUGAAAAACCAAAAUGCCCAGAUCUACCACCAUUCCCGUCAUGUCUGUCUACCAUCCAUUUUGUGAUAUUUGUAGUGGUGCAGACAGUGUUGUUCAUUGGCUAUAUCAUGUACAGGACUCAGCAAGAAGCAGCUGCCAAAAAAUUCUUUUGACCUUCAUUUUCCUAUGUGUACAUCAUGUAUGUAUGUGCAAAUGUUGUCUUUUUGAGGGAAUUUAGUAUUUAAAUUGCUUCAUAGUCUAAGUUAUUAAAUUUUGUAUAAAAUAACUCUUGAAAACACUCACUUUUCAGUAAAAAUAAAUGUUAAAGACAACCACAUUUUGUUCAUAGUACUACAUGUCUUUAAAUGUCAGUGUGUCUGGUAGGCAGAGUGCAGCCUCUGAACAGAGUAAUGACAAGUCAAGACCUAAAGACAGUUGGGGCAGCCACUGGCUGUGGGUGACACCCUCUGUGUCUGUUAUUGGAGGGUUCUUUAUUUAUGUAAAUAAACUUGUCAUUUUCCCCCAGAAUAUGAGGUCUAAACAAGAGCACCCUAUUCAUGUAACCGAAGUCAUUUUUAGAAGUGAGAAUUCCCUAAUAUGAGAGUGGAUUUAACAAUGGUUUGGCCUCAGCACAGCUCCUCUGGCAUCAGUGACUGUCUGAGAGCUUUAACCUAGGUGCCAGAAGUCAGAGCAGUUAGUGAAAUGCUUUUCCCUUGUGCUCAGUGUGUAUUGUAAAGGAGAUUUUGGCAGAAAACCAAUAACUACUUUUUUGCCUCCAUCAUUUCGGUGAGACCAUUCCUGUGAUGAUGACUUUUAGUGGCUAUUUUCCUGGUAGUGUAUUCAUUCCUGAUGGGCACUGUCCUGAAAAUGUUCCAAUAAUGUCAAUGAUAGUAUAGAAAUAAUUUUUAUACUUUAAUUUGUGAAAUUUCUCCCAUUUUGUUGAACAUGUAGUUUAGCUUACACAUGCAUGUUCUGCGGCUAUUUUAAUUUACAGGGCUUACCAGUACACUCUGGUUUACAUUUAAUCUGUGUAACCCAAGUUUAUGACUUGCAAACUCUUAAACAGAGGGGACUGUAGUGGAAGCAGCUUUGAGCUAUUUGAAAGCAAAUUUGUAAAGUAAAUACUUAACUGUUUGUCCUUUAAACACUAAAAAUAAUGAUGUUGUGAAACAUCCAUUAGUGACUUAACCAGGAAACACUGGGCUGGGAAGAGUCGCUGUUAGCCCAGAGUCACUCGUGGGGAUUUGAGAAACCAUCUGUGGCAUUUUAAAGUGCAGAUUUCACUUUUCUUUUCACAGCUGGGCUAGACUUUCGCUGGCUUCAAGACAAUUUACCUCUUACUAAAGUAAUGGGCUCGUUUGCUAUGGGAUCCAGAACAACACUGUUUAGUGUAUGUCCUUCCAAAUUGUUGUAAGCCUUUGUAAGUUUCCUCUCAAAUGUCAUUUGCAUUUUGGUCUGACAACCUGAAAUCUAUAGAAGACUUUAUGAAGAACACUUUCACUGUGGCACUACCUAGCUUGCACCGUGUGUGCGGUCUCUCCUUGCUUUUUCUGCUGGCAUUUAUCCUAGAAGUGCCACAGUGCACUCACAGUGACUCCACAAAACUCCCUGCAGCACACAGUGCUCCUGUUUCCUCCUCUGUGGAGCUAGCAUUUGACACGCAUGCUCUCAUGGAGUGUCAUCUUCUAGAGCUCACUGGGAUUUUAAAACCUUCCACUCACGUGUCAGAUUGUAGACUGUGAGUCUUGGGAAAUCUUCCUGAGAUAAAGGCUAUGAAAGCCACUGUUACAAAGUCCACAGUCACGUGGGCCUUAAUGCUAAAGGAAUCCCAAAUCUGGGCAGUGUACAUUUUCAGGUUCAAGUCCAAGGGGACGUACACUGGUCAUUCCUGAUGUUAUUUCAGUCAGUCUACUGGAGCAGGAGCAGGAGUCCUUUUACUUCUAAAUUUCUUUUAAAAAAAUCACUCAGCAAGGUAGUUCACAUAGUCUAUCUGUCUUUAUUUGUUUUUCUCGAAAUCAUUAAAUCUAAAUAGCUCACUUCUGAGCAAAACCCUGCUCUGUGGGAAAUAAUCACUGCCAGAACUCCUUCAUGUCUGUAGUGUCUUGUGUGAUUGGAAUAACUCAACUUCUCACACCAGCAAGUAUUUUACAGGUGCCUUGGAUUAAGACAAAAUUUAUUUUAAAACUUUUAAGUCUUUAUUUAUGAUGCCACUUUUAAAAGAAAUCUCAAUUAUGUGACAUUGCGGACAGGCUUGUUUAAUAUGCUGCUUAUGCUAGAAUUACUUAAUUACUUUUUUUUCAUUUAAACUUCACCGUGAAGUCACAAACAAUAACCAGAGUUUUAGCAUGUAUUGAAGGCACAUCAGUGUUUUUCAGAGUAUGGCCCAUGGGCCAGCCAUUCAGUUCAUGGAAUGCUUAUUAAGAAUAUAGAUUCCAAGGCCCCAUUCCAGUCCAUCCACGUCACAACUCAGGUGGGCUUCAGAGUGUCCAUUCCACAGACACCACAGACAUGGCACACUGACUGUUGACAAGCACUAAAAUGGGGGUAGGGGAAAGGUUUGCUGGGUGUUUAUUGUAGGCUCAGCCGAGCCACGCACAUUUUCACUGUCACUGAGACUGGCGUCUGUGCUGGUUCUUCGGUACUCUCAGUGUUUGCUCACUAACUCUUCAUUCACUAGCAACUACAAACUAAGUCUCGGUUGUCAGCUGACCUCUUGGCUCUCGGGCGAUGACUCUGAAACCUGUAGAAUCAUCUUUGGCUCAUGGCAAAGCAUAACCAUGCCCAUCGUGAAGCUCGCCUGCCAGAGCCCUUGUCUUCCUGACGGUCACCACUGCUUAUCUCAGAUGUCGCACACGUCGCUAGUGUGAGGAAAAUGGGAAAGACUUGAAUAAGGGUUGCUCACCUGCUGCUCUCGGAGAAUCAGUCUUGUAAAGGACGGACCACUGUGGUUACCGAUGCUGACUCUGCAGCACCCACAUGCUGGUUGGAGGAAGGCAGUGAACACAUUAGUCAUUGGGAACUUUGGGAGAUCAGGGUGGGAUCAGCUCUUACAACCUGUAUGCUGCCCGUUUUAAUAUAUUUCUCUUAUGAUGUUAAAGUUUAAAAGGGUUUUCUAUUCACUGUCAAUUUUAAUUAUAUAACAUUUUGUCAAGGUUUUGUUUGGUUUUGUUUUCCUUUUCUGAUUGUUACUUGAUGCUAGCUGGAAUUCAAGAACUGUCAAUGACUUUAUUGAAAUAAAAGAAAUAUUUUAGUAGA